AAUCCGUAAAAACCUAGAAAUUUUCCCUAAUUUUCUCGAGAAAAUCCGCCACGAUUCUGGGGCGUUGUGCACGAUUUGACCCCAAAGAAAAUGAAGGGAGGUACGAUACAGAUAAGCUGGCACGACGGGAAACCGGUGCUAACCCUCGAUUUUCAUCCGACUUCCGGUUUACUCGCCACCGCCGGAGCCGAUUACGACAUCAAGCUAUGGUUGAUAAAUUCUGGUCAAGCGGAGAAGAAGAUUCCUAGUGUAUCUUACCAGAGUAGCCUUACUUACCAUGGAUGUGCUGUUAAUACCAUUCGUUUUUCUCGAUCUGGGGAACUACUUGCCUCAGGAGCAGACGGAGGUGAGCUUAUCAUAUGGAAGUUGCAUCCUAGUGAAACCAAUCAGUCCUGGAAAGUUUACAAGUCAUUAUCAUUUCACCGAAAGGAUGUCCUGGAUCUUCAGUGGUCUCCUGAUGAUGCUUAUCUGAUUUCUGGCUCAGUGGACAACUCUUGCAUUAUAUGGGACGUUAACAAAGGUUCUGUCCAUCAGAUACUGGAUUCCCACUGUCAUUAUGUUCAAGGUGUUGCCUGGGACCCCUUAGCAAAGUAUGUAGCCUCUCUUAGUUCAGACAGGACAUGCCGUAUAUAUGUCAAUAAGCCUCAAACAAAGAGUAAAGGUGUUGAAAAACUGAACUAUGUUUGCCAGCAUGUUAUCACUAAAGCAGAUCAGCAACGGGGAGAUGAAACUAAGACAAUAAAAACUCACCUCUUUCAUGAUGAGACAUUGCCAUCUUUCUUUCGAAGGUUGUCAUGGUCACCUGAUGGAUCUUUUUUACUCGUUCCAGCAGGUUCUUUCAAGGUUUCACCCACAUCCGAAGCUGUAAAUGCUACCUAUGUCUUUUCUAGAAAGGAUCUUUCAAGACCUGCACUGCAGCUUCCAGGUGCCAACAAACCGGUUGUAGUGGUUCGUUUUAGCCCUGUUGCAUUCAAACUCCGUGGUUCAAAUUCUGAAGAGGGUUUCUUCAAGCUUCCUUACCGUCUCGUCUUUGCUAUUGCAACUUUAAAUUCGGUGUACAUAUAUGACACAGAGUGUGUGACUCCAAUUGCAGUCUUAGCAGGUCUCCACUACGCUGCAAUAACCGAUAUAACCUGGUCACCUAAUGCCUCCCAUCUAGCACUGUCCUCACAAGAUGGCUACUGCACACUAGUCGAAUUUGAAGAUAACGAAAUAGGAGAACCCAUCCCCAUAUCAGUCGGGAAGAAACCCGUGGACAGUGAGGAGAAACAGCAUGAUCUAGAGAAAACCAACGAGCUGACGACCGAAACAAAACCAGCUGAGAGCAGUAUACUGACUGAAUCAGAACAUUACGAGGAGAAUAUUAUGCAGAAACCCGAUAAAGUGAUGACGGAAACAAAAAAAGAGGAAGAGAAAGAGCCAUUGCAGAGCAAAGUUAACACACCUGUCUUAAACAAACCAGCGAGGAAGCGCAUCACACCUAUGGCUGUUGAUCCCUAAUGGUAUAAAACUAACCACUACUGAUGUAUACAUUUUGUUCCAUAUGUUUUUACUUUGCUACAAUUAUCUUUCUCAUAGUCUACAUAGUAGACAUGAAUUGUAUCAAUGGAUUUUUGUAGCAAAUUACGGGCACGAGCCCACGUUGGAAAUGGAUAAGUUUCUUUAGUCGGUCC